AUGAUUCCUCCCUUUCUUUCAGCUUGUCCAGCUACUUGGGAUGGCUGGCAAUGUUUUGAUACGGCCGAAGCUGGUAGUGUCGUCGAAGCGCAAUGUCCACCGUACAUUUAUGGUGACGCAGCGCGUCCGGACGCAUCACAGAGUGGGUUUUCUUACUAUAUCAUAGACAUGCAAUAUAGGCUCACACCGAACCUUUUUUCAGAGUCUCGCAAAAUGUGUAGCGAUACGGCAUGGGUAACCCGACCAGGUACGACGAGCGAAUGGACCGACUAUUCAGGCUGUACAAUGGUACAGCAGGAGGCUCAAAUAAAAUUGCUGGCCGGUAUCAUCGCCUUUUCAAUAAGCGUGGUCUGUCUGAUACCUGCAAUCUUCAUUUUGUGGUUUUUUCGGCCGUUACGGCAUCAACCGAUGUUCAUCGUUCAUCGGCAUCUGCUCACUUCAUUCGUACUUUCGGGUCUUUUCUACCUGUUCAAUUGUUUUUUCUUUGUCGUCGACGGAGCACCCGGUGACACACUCAUCUUCGCUAAUCAUAUUUCCUGUCGAUUGCUGUUUCUGGUUCAACUUCGUUUCCUUCGCCUGGCUACCUUCAGCUGGAUGUUAGCCGAAGGAGUUCACUUGUAUAGAUUACUUAUAAGCGACAGCGGUGACAGUGAAAACCUUACUAUCUACAAGUUACUCUGUUGGGGAGUGCCAGCGGUGAUAGCCGUCGUUUACGGUGUCUUACGCGAAAGCCUCGACAAUGAAGGAUGUUGGGUGUCGCCAUCGGUGAACGGUUGGAUCGAAUCCACCAUUAUCAUUCCGUGUAUCCUAGCCCUAUCUGUGAAUGUCGUGCUAAUGUCACGAAUACUGUACAUUUUGGUGAAAAAACUUCGACACGAUCCACAUUUGGAGCGAAUGCAAUAUAAAAAAGCCGUACGUGCGGCAGUGAUUCUGAUACCGGUAUUUGGCCUGCAGUUCCUAUUCACUAUCUAUCGCCUUCCAGAUCUUACACAUCAAGUAAUUAAUCUUGUACUCGAUGGAUUACAGGGUUGUGCUGUAUCGAUAAUCUUCUGUUAUACAAACAAAUCGGUAUGGGAUUGUGCUCGAAAAUGGUGGAAAGGCGUAUGUGAUACUCGUUCGGUGAAAGCGGAUAUUCGAGCUCGAAUGAGUGUACAACUCGAAUCGAAACUGCCGCUUGUGUCUAAAUCUUGA